GCGGGCUGGCGGCGGUGCUCUACACCGAGGUGCUGCAGGUCCUGGUGCUCCUCUUCGGCACCUGCGCGCUGCUGGCGUACGGACUCGGCGAGGUGGGCGGCUGGUCGGGCCUCGAGGCCAAGCUGCCCGCCGGCCACUUCCACCUGGUGCGGCCGCUGG